UGAUUUUCUUGAUUCCGCGGUGUCAGAGAACUUUACCCAAUUAAAUGAAUGCAAUUAUUUCUGCAUAUAUAACUUGAUUUCUGGAGAAAGGCAAAAUUUCAAAAUUGAUUGUAAUGUCUGAAUCUGGAGGCCAUAAAAGACCAUUGAUCAUCAAUUUACUCAAGAAAAAAGAUGAAAAACUUUCAUUUGCCCAUGAAUCAGAAAGCGGGGCUCAAGCCGAAGCUUUAUCUUUAUGUGAACCUGAAGCAGUGCCUAUGACAUCACAUGGUGUGGAGGAAAGUAGCUUUAACUGUGCUGAAGGUGGUUUGCUCUACGAAGAUGUCUGUUCGGGCUCGGACUGGGAACAAUCAGACUCUGAGAAUGAGUCGCCUCGCUAUGAGAGAACUUUUCAAACGCAUUGGCGAAAUACAUUUCCUUUCAUUGAGUAUGAUGCAGCUCGUAAAGUCAUGUUUUGCAAAGUCUGCAAAACCUUUGCCACCGGGUUGUCUCGCAAUAUGCCCCUUGUUGCCGGAAGUAACAACUUCAAAAUAACUUCGAUUCGAUUCCACGAGAAAUCUGCCCUUCACAACAAGUGUCAGAAGCUCUUCGAAAAUGACUCUGCCGAUUUGGAUAGCAAUAUACUAGAUUUGGAAAAUGAAAGAAUACUACAAGUUUUGAAAUCAGUUUAUUUAGCCGUCCAAACUAAAACUCCUUAUAACUCGUUUCCUGUAGUUUGUGAGGCUCUGCGAAAAGAAGGUAUCAACAUUGGUAGUGCAUAUACGUCCCACUAUAAAAUCGUCCCUCAUUUUGCCAAAUAUAUUGCUGAAUCACUGGAAAAAGAAUUGUCAAAAACAUUGCCGAUAGUUCCGUUUUUCGCUUUGAUCCUCGACAGCUCUGUAAGACGAUCUGUCGAAAGGCAUGAACUUGUCUAUAUCAAAUAUUUUGAUGAACUUGAAAUGAAAUGUAGAUUUAUAAGCGUUAUUGAUUCCAAGGACAAAACUGGAGAUUCCAUUUAUAGUAGUUUGACUGCUAUCUUUGAGCGUUUAGGGAUUGCUAAUUGGGCGAAGAAAAUAGUUUACCUCACUUGUGAUAAGUCACAUAACUUUUGCUUGUGGCAUGAAAGUCUGCUGAAUCGUCUGCACCUUCACUGCGUUGAUAACUUCGUGUGUGAUGUGCAUUGUCUUCCUCAUAAACUCAAACACUGUUCAUGUGUGUUUGAAAACAAUGCAUUGGCUAACUCUUUCAGUACACAAAUAUGGUUGAUAUAUUGGUUUUGCGCAAGUGUACCCAAUGACAAGAGAAAACUCCCUCACAUUAGUGAGGAACUUGAUCUUAUUGUUGCAAAAUUUAAUAAUUUUCCCAGAGACUCAUUCAUUACCUUCUAUUUGGAUGCAUUAUUAGCAGUGUUCAAGGAUUGGGAUGUUUUAGUUCCUAUUAUAAAAACGAAGCAAAGGAGACCACGUAAAAUCCAGACAUUGGUCGGAAAGAUCCGUCCAUAUAUCGCUACGCACAGUUUUAUCUACGAGUUGGCCAUUUUUAUUGACAUUUUCCUGUACUUAGAUUGCUUUUCGAAGAAAUUAAAGCUAGAAGACACAUUACCCUAUGAAGCUCAUGAAGAAUUUCAGCGUGUCUCCUGUUUGAUUCCAGUUUCGGCCGACGGGGAGGGACCCGUAGCAGAAUCAGUGAAGAAAGAGUUGGAAAACGAUCACAGCACCUUUAGAGGGAUUGAAAUGGAAGUGGAUAUAGAGCUAGGUCAAGUUAUAGAAGAACUCGGCGAGCUGAAAGAAGCCUUAACUUCACAUUUUGCAUUGUUGAUGAAGGAUGAAUGUGUGCUGCAAUGCACAGAUAUACUCAACACCAGUAGGUGGCCUCGAGAUGAAGAACUCACGGAAUAUGGAAAUAAAAACUUUGCGAGCUUGUUCUUCAUGCUCGGCGGCAAAGAGGAAGAUUUUCCAACCGCUUUUUCCGAGUGGCUCUCGUUAAAAGACCGCGUCGUCAUAACAUUUCCCGAGCCUCUGUUGCUCACACCCAAAGCUGCUGUCUUGAAGAUGGUCGAAGAGUUCAAAGACACUCUUCCAGUUGUCACGGUUAUGCUGAAGAAACUUUUGCUGCUGAGUUUCUCCAGUCCCGAAGUAGAGAAGGGAUACAUUGAAAUGAACAUGAUUAAGACAAGUGGUCGCAUGAACAUGUCCCUUCCAUCUCUUCAAAGUUCUAUGUUCAUAGUGAUGAAUGGCCCACCUGUGUCCAAGUUUAAUCCCUUGCCUGCGUUUGAGCUGUGGUAUUCUGAUUGCAAGAGGAGGUACCGCAGAAGAACUGCGCAACCAGAACUUGAAUGAAUGUCUGGUUAGAAUGUAGAAUGGGGAUACAUUGGCGGUGUAAUUUAUUUAUCACUGUUGGAAACUAGUUUUUUCUUAGUCUGGCCACACUUCUCUGUGGCAACUCUAGUAAUUAUCAUCCUGUUUGACCAAAGUGAUAUGGAAACCACUCAUUUAGAGACACCAUACAUUUUUUUUUAAUGGACUUGAGGUUUUUUUUUUUUUUAAUUGCCUCAUUUAGGACAUUAUUUUUGAACAGAUGUAUUUAUGCUAAGUAUUGCACUGCUUACUUUUAAAUGUUGGUCUUUAUGUUCACUUUUGGAUGAACACUCUCGUGAAAAAAGAAACAAAAAAUAAUGUCACCAAUUGUCCAGUUAAAUAAACAGCCAUUAAAAAGGAUUAAAAGAUUCAUUUAAAUGCAAAAUACCAUGCCAACUGAUUUAAAUAAAAUUUAAACUCCAGUAAGGUGUUAAAUUUAUUCGUCAAUCACUAUAGAACAUUAGAAGCUUCAUUAAUGUAAACAUUAAGAGCAAACAUGGGGCCAUGUCAACAACAUCUUUUGCUUUCUAUCAAGAUAGAAAACAAACCAGUCCCCAAUUGGCAAUCUACCCCUAUUCUAUACUCUUAUCAAAUUAAUAAUCAUUAUCUUCCCCUCUAUCUCCCUCGAAAAACCUGUAAUACAAAAUUAGCAUUCUCUAUAGCAAGUAUUUUUCCAGUUAAAGUAAAAGCUGUCUUAUGCUUCUUAGUUCAGUGCUGGCUAUGAAAAGCAUGUUGUCUUAACUUAAAAAGAAAUGAGAGGGAGAGGGAUAACAUAAGAUUUUCAUCCAAUCGUGAAUGAAAAUUUAUGAGCUGCUGUAGGCAAGGAUGUUGUUCAAAUUAUGAGAGCAACAGUAGGCUUGAAAUUUUUAAUUCAUAGGAUAAGUAUAAUCAAUCAUUAAUCCAUAUUUAAGUUUGAAAUUAAAUCAGCUUUCAAAAAUAUUUGUUCAAUAAGCUUUUUAUUUUUCUGAAGUUUCUUCUAUUCCUUCAUUUUAGCUAAAAUGUUCUUAGAUAUAAAGUACGUGUCAGUGUCACUCAGCGGUAAUGAAAAGUAAGGUACUUUUCCUUUACAGGUAUGUCUUUUGGUGCAUUUUUUAUUUUUGACAAUUAGGAAUCCACUACACAUUUCUUCAAAUAUCUCGAAAACUAAUUUAUGCAGAUACUGCCAUUUACCUUCACACGACAGUAUUAUUUACGUAAGUAAAACUACAUUUACUUCUAUACUUUAACUAUCGCUUGUUACUCUUCUAGUAACAAAUAUACUGCUUGAAAAUUCAGUUCAAGAUUAUUUCCAUUUAAAUGUUUUAGUUUUAUCAUGAUUAGAUAUUUUUUUAAGAGUGGUUUUAAUAAUUUCUUAGAAUUCUUAUAUUAACUGGUUCCUGGAAGUAAAGUAUUUGUUUUAGAUUUCCUACAAUGUUUCUCUGUCGAUAAUUUAAUGCACUAUUUUUACCAAAAGAAGGAGCAUCUUUCAAAAAAUAUUUUUAAUUAACAGCUUAAACCGUUCUAAACACUGCAUUUUAUUUAAUAUGCAGUGCUUUUCAUGUAGGGCAAAGAAAGGAAACCAUUAUCAUUGAUAACGUAAAUCAGGGAAAUUUGG